GGAUUUAUGCUAGCUUCGGCUUGCUUAGCAAUGGAGUUUACACCAAAUUAUAGCCAGUGUUUGUUUUUCAUUACUUUCCCUGCGACCGUGCAGUUUUAGGAUAAUGAAUGUUAUAUUUGUAUAGAAUACUAAUUUACAGCAUCGGGUAUAUAUAUUGUUGAUAUUCAAUGAAUAUAAUAUGGACAUAGUUUUAACAAACAACUGUAGAUUUCGCACUGGUUAUUUAUCAAUAAUCACUACCCUAACUGAUUUCAAUUUCCUUUUUUUUAUUGGUGUAUAUAUAAAUAAAAUAUGAUAUAUGAAUCUAAUUUGCUAGCGUAGCUUGCAAUUUCAUGAUCUACACUUUAAUUCGUUAAUUAGGUUUAUAAUGAAUUAAAAUGAACUAAUUAACAGAGGUUUCGGGAGAGGUGAGCCAUGGAGAUCCAGAGCAGUGGUUCUUUUUCAUCCCAAGACAAGAGAGUGAAGCUCGAGGUGGGAGACAGAGGCGACUCACAACAACAUGGUAUUGGAAAGAAACAGGAUCUUCGAGCAUUGUUUACUCUUCCAAUUCCAAUUACAAACGACCCAUCGGCCACAAAAGAACCAUGGGUUUCUACACUGGCAGAGCUCCGCAUGGAAAGAAAACCGAGUGGAUGAUGAAUGAAUACAAAGCCAUCGAAGUUCAUGCAGAUCAUAAUAAUCAACUAUCAAUGGCAGCUUCUUCAUCAAACCCUAGUACAAGUACUCCUGCUCCCACGUUAAGGCAAGAAUUCAGCUUAUGCCGAGUGUAUAAGAAAUCGAAAUGCCUUAGGGAAUUUGACAGACCACCUCAAGGGAUUGAGAUCACAAGAAACCCUAGCUUAAACAUUCAAGCAGCUCCUGCUCAGGGUGCAAAUCAUCUGGAUCAACAUUCGACAACAUCGAAUAGGAACCCUCAGAAUAUGGGAGAAAGAACAAACUUAAGCUCACUGGAGAGUUCAUCCUCAGGAGACCAUGGCCUUCAUUCCUCUCAACCAGAACAAAGCGGGACUUUGCUAAUGGCCGUUGAAAAUGAAGCUAUUUGGGAUUGGGACGAAUUAAUGGAUAAUUGGCUUUAAGUGGUGGACAAGGUGAAUAUGAAUAAAAUUACGCUUCCACUAAUGGAAUGUUUAGCUACUAGGAAAAUAAAUUAAUGCAGGUGGAAUCAUUUGUAGGGUAUACCCGUUCUGAGGUAAAAGUUUGUACUACAAUUGGGAAAAGAAAGCCAAAUUCAUAA